AUGGAACAUUUGAAAUCAGUCCGGUUGGAACGUCUAAAGGAAGUUGAUGUCUUUGAUUGUCCAAAUCUUGUAAAUUUUGGAAAGAAGGUGGGGCAUAACGGACAAUCCAUGCUAUGUACACAUGAAAAUGAAAUUUCAGCGAGAGCAAACCCAACAAUAGAUGCUACAGGAUGUGGGUUAUUGGAACGCUUUCAUAAUGUAUCGACGGAAUCUUCAUUCGGUAUACCCGAAUUAAAAAGGCUAACAAGGAUUGACUUAUCAGAGUGCAAUAAAGUGGAAGUGGAUGUAGGAAAUCGUGCACCAGAUCCAUUAUGGGUUCAGAAACGCUUUCACUGGAAAGAUUCAAGUAGGAUUAUAUAUCCAGGAAGUAGGAUUCCAGAGUGGUUCAAGUAUUGCAAGGAGACUACUUCAUAUAGCAAUUCUAUUGAGAUAGAAAUUGAUCAUAAUGCGUCCAUGUGUUUUGGGCAUCAGAUCGUAGCAUUAGUUUUGUGUUUUGUUGUGGGACCUCUUCUACUGGGAUUUAAAACUAUUACUAUCUCAAUAAACGGCUAGUCAAUGAUGUGGGACCCAUAUUGUGAUUUUUUGUGGCCUUCA